AAUUACAAGUCACAAGCGCUACUCAUUCUUUCGGUUUCUAUUAUGAUUCGUAACAACAUCACACUUUCAGGUUUCGGUUGCAGCAUCUUUGUUUUCAAAACAUCUGCCGGUUGGUCAAGUGGUUUCCAGAUUGAAUAUGUGAUACGUGUGCAUGUGUUAAAUAGCGAGCCUCAAAAGAACUCCCCUCUUCUUAUUGUCAUCAAACAACCACAACAUAUCCUUUCCUUUGAGGUUCCCAUAGUAAUAAACGAGAUUUACUCGAAUGUGAGCCGCACCUUGUGCCCGAUACGGACUACGCCUGAAGAACCACUGGCGUUGAUAAUUAGCAUCUCCAGUUUUAACUCGACACCGUUGCCGUACGUAGUUCGAGCCGAGUGGGUGCAGGAUUUCGACCUGAGGUCAGUUUAUAAUGUCAAAUUCAAACCCCAACCAUUGUUGCUACGAUAUCACUUCAAGGCUGAUGGCGAGUCCGUAGCGGUUCGGAUUUCUUCGAAUGAUGACGUUUGCAUGACGUUUUCGUUGCAACCAUUGCAGGUAUGUCUGCAAUAUGAAGAUGGAUUUUUCGUUCUGUUGACUCUGGAAGCUACCGACUAUCUUUGUAAGGGAAUGGAAAAAUUAAUACCACCACCAAGUAAGUUGGGUUUACAUUUUCACACUCAAUACUGGAAAAGCACGGUUCAUUUAAACAUUCGGGCCAAUCCACCUAAGCCUAUCUUUUCCUUAUGUUGUUGGAAAAUCAUAUUCGUUAACAGUAAUCGGUUUCUGUUCUAA